AUGGUUGCUAAGAAGAGAAACACGUUAAGAAGCAAGGCUGAGGCUGCAGCGGCCUCAAGAGGGACUGCUGCGCAAGCUCUAGCGGGAUCGGGGUUGGAAGGAAUUGCAGGAGGUCAAGACGCCGAAGCUACUCAAAAUCCACCCCUCAGUACAUUCCUGUAUCAGCCGAGGGAAACCAAGAAAUCUAAGCAACUCAACAAACAGCAGACCUUUUUAAGCAAGGUCAGGGAAAGGUCAACCAACAGUGAUCCUGCGCUUGCUGGAGUCUCUAAAUCAGCAGUAAGACGUCGAAAGAGACACAUGAGGGAAGAUCUAAAACCCAAAAUGAAUGAUCUGUUGACGUCUUUGGGCCAAGAGGAAGAUUUGAAAGAGCAUGUGACUGCUGAACAACAGGACGACGACAGCACGAAGGAGAAUAAGCGGAAAGUGACAAAAGUAGUACGUAGAGAAGAGUUGCCAGAGAUAGAAAGUGCAUUUGUACGUAGAAAAAAGAAUGAGCCAAAUAUUCGAAACCAAAGGGGUGCCAAAGCUUUGACCAUAAAGGAAACAACAAGAAUGGUUGAGGUUUUAAGUAAUAAAUCAUUUCAAAGUAAUACUUUCAGUUCCUUGCGUGAUGUAAUAAAAAUGAGAAAUAGGUGA